AUUCAAUCGGCUGAUCUAAAAGUCAUAGCUAGGUUUAGAAUUCCGAUAAGGUAGCAAGAAGAGUAGAGGUGAACUGCGUGCCGAAGAUUGAGCUCGGAGCCGUGUAAUAUCGACGGGAAACAUGGCUGGUGCAACGCCAAGCAGCAGCUCCUGUCUGCCGCCGCCAGCUGCGCUCGUCGACCGCACCCUCCACGCCCUCGGCUUCCGUUUCACGCACAUCUCGCCGGGAAAAGUCGCCGGCCGGCUCAAGGUCACCGAGACAUGUUGCCAGCCGUUCAACUUGCUGAACGGCGGAGUGUCGGCUCUGGUGGCGGAGUCGUUGGCGAGUUUGGGUGCAUACGUGGCGUCGGAUUUCCAGCAAGUGGCGGGCGUGCAGCUCUCCACCAACCAUGUCAAGGCGGCUCUGCUAGGGGAAGAGGUGGAGGCGGAAGCAUGCCCAAUCCAUGUCGGCAGGACAAUCCAAGUUUGGGAGGUGCAGAUACGGAAGAUGGACUCCUCGACCUCAGGGAGAAAUGUAUUAGUCUCAUCUUCAAAGGUCACCAUCUUAUGCAAUCGGCAAACUUCCCAGGCGCACAAGGAUUAUGAAGACACUAUCAAGAAGUAUGCAAAGCUGUAAUUUUCUUCUUUCUUGUUUAGACAAGCAUCACUUGAUUUGGGGUUCUGGCUGGAAUA